GUAUUGAAUAAUAUUCAGCUAAAGGCAUUAAACAGACAAAGGAUUUUAAACAAUUUUGAAAUUUAAAUAAAAAAAUAUCAGAAGAGCCACCCAACAACAGUGUGCCACAAAUAUCAAAGAGACGCCUUUCUGUAAGAGUGCACUGUCGUUUAAAAUAGUUUAGCAUUUACAUCAUUUCAUCAUCGCUGCUGUACUUAAAUAAGCACGUUAAACACUGGGAGCAGCUCAUGCUUUAUCUCACAGGUAAUAAAGUUGCACUCUGUAGCCACCUGAGUUGCAGUUAUAUUUUGUAAAUUUAAUCACUGGUGUUAAUGUUUAUAUAACUAGGUCUUCACACUCAUAGGUUUAGUGCUUAAAUAUUCUUACCAUCACUUUUGCUAUUUUUCAGCACCUUCUCAAAUAAUCUUGCAUUCGAAGAUGUAUGAAGAACUCCACCUCACCCUAUGCGCAUGUGAUCCAGACCAUACUGUAUUCAUUUGGCUUGAAACUUGUAGUAUUUUAUGUUGUAUUAUUCUAUUCCCAGGCCAUCGGAAGGUUCAUUCCACCUCCCUCUAUGAAGGCAUCCCGAAUGACAUUGUAGAGCUCUUUGGACCGCAGACCCUCCUCAAGAGAGCUGCAGUGCACGGCCACAGCCCCACUGAGGAUGUCCACCGAAGAUCUCCACAAGGGAUCCCCACACUGUAAUCCCACUAAAAAUCUCUUUCUGUUCUCUUCGGGAUCGGGGGAAACAAGGCACUGCCACGGUGUCUCUCUCCCUCCUUGUUCUGCUCUGCCCUGAACUACAUCUCCAGCAGCACGGAUCGAGCGAGUAACAGUGAGGAGGGCGACAAUGGAGACCCUGCAGGAGACUCCUGCUCACCGAGGAGACCCCGGUGCCGCCAAGCAGGUGCUGGACACGAGCAUGAUGACGUACGCGGAUCUUCGUGGGGUGCUCCACGUGAAAGCGGAAAGCGCGAAAACGGUUAAAGUGAGUUUCACCGGCGAAGGCGGGCAGCUGGACAUUUUCAAGAGCGACAGCGGCGCGAUUCGAGACUCGGGAGGUCGGAGCUCGCGGGACCGAGCGCACCGGGACCCCUCGGACUCCCGUCAAAGCGCGUGCUCGUCCAAAGUUGUCGAGAACAAGAAUAAGCGGGAUUCCGGGAAGAGUCCGGAAACAACCCGUGAAAAGCGAGAAGAAGGAGCCCCGGAGACCGGCAACAGGCAGCUUGCGCCCACCCAGGGGGGCCCUCCGGGGCAGAAAGAGAGCAAAGCCACGCGCGGCUGUCGGAGAAGGGGGUCCGAACCAGAGAACGCGGUAAAGGUGGUCCGCUCCGGUCCCCCCGCACCAAGCGCCACGCAAGACGAGUCGCACUUCAUCACCACGCACGAGAUCCAGCUGUCCGAGCUGGACCACGACGUAGAGGGCGCCCCUGCAGCGGGAUCUCAACCGGACGCUGAGGAUGUCACCGCGCGGUACUUGUGUGCGGACGGUGGGGGAGCCACAGUCUGCGCGGAGCGUGGACGCGCCACUGGGGGUCCGUCGGGGAGUCGGCGGCGCGGCAGCAGGGGCUCCACCGCGGAGCAGAUCCACCUGUCAAUCACAGCCACCUCUGCGGCUAUAAAUGAGCCUGGCCACGCGCGGGAAGAGGAAAGCGGUGACGGUGGUGGCCGUGCCACGCGUGGGGGAGACAUGAGUCGCCACGUGGUGACAGGAGCUGGGCGCGGCCCCCUGCGCGUGCACCUCAGCGCCAGAGCCAAGGGGAGAGACGCGAGCGAGCGCUCGAGCGGCGCGUCCAGCGCCCUCAGCGACCUGGACGAGGCCGACAGGGAGGUGCGAAGCCUCACUGCCCGAGCCUUCAGGAGCCUGGCAUGCCCGUACCUCCACGCCUCCGCCCUCGUGGACCUCAGGUGUGACGUGGCGUCCGGCAAAAGCGCCACGUCGCCUGUGCAAACAGCCCCGAAGGCGGACGGUAAAGCGAUCGAGGCUCUAAGUUUAGCCAACAUAAAAGCGCCCCCCACCGAGGUGAUGCUCCUGAAUGGCUACCUGUCAGAGGUCGCAGGUGCGCCGUUCUCCCUUGUCAAGGCUGCAGCGCCGAUGCAGGGGCCGCCUGGCCAGGCCCGCCCCGGGCUCGUGACCCUCACGGAAACGUUACAUUUUCACUGCAAUGUGCACGCGGGAGUCCCCGGGGGCGAUCGGCGCGCCAAGUCCGCCAGAAAUGCGGGCGGAUCACGUUCCGCGCAGCGAGUGAAGCGCCGCGCGCCAGGCGUGCCGGAGGACGAGGACAGCGCGCCGCCCCGGAGCGCAGGGGCGACCAUGGACAGCGCGCACACGAGAGCCAUGUUCGCGUCGAGCCUCCUGAAAAAUGUCAUCUCCAAGAAAAUGCAGUUCGAGCAGGAGCGCAGGAUGGAGCGCGGCGAGAUAGAGGAGCCCGCGCCGGUCGCGCGCACCGGCUCCCCCGGCAGAGAGCAGGAGGAGGCGCACAGGGAGAGGAGCGCGCGGCGAGAGAGGGGCGCGCCGAGCCUGAGGCGCGCGUCGAGCCUCUCCGAGGGCGGUUCGGACCUCACGCCUGAGCGCGUGGAGGAGCCGGCGGACCUCGCGGACGCCGGACGUGCGGGGGACGCUUUAACUGUUGCAUCAGGAACUAAUUUAGAGCCGAGAAACGACGCGGGACUCGAUACUAAAAAAGGAGCUUUCGAAGCCUCCCGAAGCACGUUGCUUCACAGCCAAAAUAGCGCGUUCAGGUCCUGGAGGGACAGCGGGGUAGAGUUUCAGAAGGAGAGCAAAAGCGAUCGAACGGCACCGGGGAGCGCGCCUUCGUCCGCGAGCGCACCGGGGGGACCGCACGUGCAGCCCGACGGGGGCGGCGGCAAGCCCAUGAAGAUGUCCCACUUAUUCGUGCCGAGCAUCCAAGUGACGUCUGGGGACGGGGGAGUCGGUGGGUGUUCCAGUGGGGACCGAGGCGACGGAGGGCGCCUACAGGUGUGUGCGGACAGCACCCUGUACCUGACCUCCAGGUCCCCGGAAAUCAAAAUCAGCCUGAGGAGUGUGAGGGGUGACAGGUACAACCCGUUCGACAUCGCCAAGCUGCUUACUCCUAACAUCGGAGCCGGUGGAGCGGGAGCCCUGGCGAAGACGGCCGAAAACCUGAAAGGUCAGACCCCUGGCACAGCCUCAAAGGGUGACGUGGGGGACCGAGUGCCCCACUUCACCGUCAGGGACAUCCGGGAGAGUAAGAACAAGCUGCAGACUCCCAUCCACCAGGUGAGAGAUGUGCGGAAGCUGGUGAAAAGCUCCUAUCAUUUUGUCUCCCUGGACAACAACGAGGAGCACAGCAGGGUUCCCAAACAGGGCCCGCAGCAAUCCCCGUUGGCAGUCUCACCCAUUGUGAUUAAAUGUCAGUCUGUGAAUACAAAUAGCAGCGCAAAACAGUCUGGAAAUUUAAUAGAGGCUUCCAAACGCAGAGCAGGAGAUAAUAUGUCUGAAGCACAAAGGUCGUCUCCUCAGGUGCCAGUAGAGGGUGCCAAGAAUGGCGAAAGGGCCACAGGCAGGGCCUUCUUGGUUCCCGUGAAGCAGCUCAAUGGCGAUUCCUCAGAUGUGCCUGCGGGUGUGAAGAUCGAAAUGAGAGCGAUCACACAGAAGCAGGACCUCGGCGACACGGGCGACAGGAAGCCCGAGGCGAGCGUGGCGAACCAGGCGGCGCUGGAGAAGCUGCGUGCCGCUGUCAAGACCAUGGAGCAACUGUACGUUUUCGACAGGAACGAAUGGAAGCGCAAAACGGAGCCGCGGCCCAUCACGGACAGCCACGUGCUUUCGCUCAUCACCAGCGAGGAGCACGGCGGGGCGACGAGGGCUGAGCCGGAGGAGGAGGAGGCCAGCAACACGGAGCGCUUCCUAAGGAGCGACUCCGGCUCCGACGUGGAGAGGUCUCCGCCCAUCACCCCGGCCACAGCGCAGCCCAAGGUGGACAGAGAUGUCCAGAAAGCACCGCAGGCUCCAUUGGGAUGCGAGGAAAGAGAUGUGCUCAGGUCCCAGUCCCUGCAGAACAAAAACGUUUCCACCCAGAGCCAGAAGACACCCACUGUUGGGGGUUGCAGCAAAACGCCCCAGGUGUACGCUUCCACACAGACACCCUUCGGCACAAAAACCAUCCCUCCCAAGGCUAUUAGAGGCCCCCUAUCUUUAAAAAUAUCUCCUGCGAGGCACACGGCCGAGCGGCGGGAGAAACCAAACGGGCGCGAGGCUGAAAAGUCUGCCGUAGCUCCACUCGCACCGUCGGCCGUGCCAGAUGUGGAGAACUACUUGACCAUACCUGUGAAAGGCCACGCGAGUGACACCAAAGUUACUGCCGCCCCCGAGCCCCCCAGGGGACAGACUGCCACGUACACAUUCACCAACGGCAGUUUCCAGCCUCAGACCACCAGUCCCAGGAGCCAAGCCGAGAGACGAAGCGAAUCCAGAAGACGGAAGGGGAGCGGGCAGUCCCCAGAGAGCUCCACGGUUGCCAUGGGAAUUGGAUCCCUGGACAUCCCGCCCGCCACCAUUUACCACCACGCUUUGCCUGCCGCGAUGCAGGUGGGCCACCCUCAGGUCGUCUGCCUACCCCCCUCCGUAGCUCCUCCUCCUGCUGUAGACCCCUUCCAGCAGAUGCAGCGCAAGAUGCUGCUGGACCCCACAACGGGACACUACUACUUGGUGGACACACCUGUCCAACCAGCCACCAGGAGGCUGUUUGACCCAGAGACAGGGCAGUAUGUGGACGUUCCCAUGUCACAGCCUCCUGUGACCCCCCUGCCCAUGCCCAUGCCCCUCCCACCACUGGCACUAAACUCUGCUGCGUAUGGCGCAACCUACAUGAUCUACCCGGGCUUCCUGCCGGCCCCGGCGGUGGUGCCCGCGCGGACCUUGCACUCGCAGCCGGCUGAGGGUGGGGACGGGGCCGAGCACACGGGCCCCCAGAGCAGCACCUCCUACAUGGAGGGGUCCUACUAUAUCCCCACAGGGAAGAGCCAUCAGUCCCAGCAUGUCACCACCAGGGGGGCCAAGCCCAUAAUUAGCAUCACGUCACAGCAAGGCCCGAGGAUCAUCGCCCCGCCAUCGUUCGAUGGGACCACCAUGAGCUUUGUUGUGGAGCACAGAUAAAAGUGUGUUGGAGAUGACAGAGACAACUCGUGAAGAGACUUCCUGUGACACAUCAGGAUAGGUACUGUUAAGCUCCAGAUCACCGGUGUAGUCAUCUCCAUGGUCAGGAAGAGUGACUACUCCACAGCUCCAAUAAUACCUUGCUGCCCUGGUCCCCAAGUGCCCUCCUUGUUCUUCAUCUCUGCUGAGUGUUUCUCUAAAGUCCGUAUCCCAUUAACUGCUUUUCUGUGAUUUGCAAAGUUCUGGAUUAAGACUAACAAAGAGCUUUUUUGCGCUCCAGAGGAGACCAGAUUCUGCAACAUCAUGUGACAAAAUGCAUCAGCAAUCAACAGUGGGAUCUUCAGCUCCUCAGUCAAUUUGGGGUUACGGUCCAGGGGAGGUCUUGCUGCCAUAGCUUCUCCUGUUCUGCUGGGGGCUCUUGAUUACCAUCUAUUAGCUGAGCUCAGUGAUGCAGGUUGCUUUUGCUUUACUAAAGACAAAUUUUGGAAGAUACACAAGUGAUCUAUAAUUAAAAACAAACUGGAAAGAGCUUCUAUCUACAAAAAUUCAGAACCCAAAUGUUCAUAUGAAGAGCCAGGGUACUUGAAGUUCAUGGAAUGUAUUAUUUCGGAAAGAAAGACAGCACAUCUACAGUCAGUAUUAAAACUGUAAAUGAAAAAUAAAACUGCAAAAAAAAAAACAUUUGAGGUUCAUUUGGGUACUCAGUCCACAGAGCUAGUGUAAAUCUUAAACCGUACGCAUGUUGUUACCGAGAAUACUUGUUUACAGCUGCAGCGGUAUCUAUAAUUAACUUUUUUUUGCAUAGACUGUUUUUAUUGCAUUACACAGAACAUUAAUUGUAGGCUUUUGAUGCUGCUGGACAGCUCUUAUGCAAGAAUUAAUUUUGUUUAAAAUCGAGUAUUACCAUGUCGGUGUAGAAUAUUUCAAUUUAAAAAGGUGCUUUGUGAACAUAUUCUAAUGUAUAGCAUGUGUGUUUGCAAAAUAACUUCUCAGGCUUAACUGUUACAUUUGAGGAACCUAAAAGGAAAACCUACGGUAAAGUUACAAAUCACUGGGCUAAAGUCUGUUUAUUUUUAACUCAGGAUUGUGCGUGUGUUUGUUUGCCAGGAAAAUCUUGGUUUUUCAUU